UGUGCUGGACCAAUCAGCGCAAACCACGAAACGUAAAUUUGUUGUGUUCGUGUAUGUCACAAAAUGGAAUAAAAUCGUUCGUUAAGUGGGUGUAAAUAAUGUUAAAGACAGUACAAAUGGUACAAUUAAUGGAAACGACACAUAAAAACCUCUGGUUGAAGUUAACACCGUAUUUAGCGCUAUUUAUCUUUAUUGACCUUUCGGAAUGUAUCAAUCAGGCCGAAGUUGACCGGCAUUUAGAGUUAGGGAAACAAUACUUAGCUAGGGGCCAAUUAGGGGACGCCUUGAGCCAUUAUCAUUCGGCUGUUGAGGGCGACCCUCACAAUUAUUUAACUUAUUUCAAACGCGGCACGGUUUAUCUCGCUUUAGGCAAGGCCAAGAAUGCAAUCAGCGACUUUGACUUGGUCCUGGAGAUGAAACCAGACUUCACCGCUGCUAGGAUUAGUCGAGGAAAUAUUCACUUAAAACAGGCCAAUUAUGACCUGGCCCAGUUAGAUUUUUAUAAUGUGUUAAAAACAGACCCUUACAACCAAGAGGCCAAUGAUUUGAUUGCACGGAUAGACCCAGCCAAGGAGCGAGUGCGUUUGGCUGAAUAUUAUUACGCCCAUGAUGAUUACGUAAACGCAAUUCACUUAGUCACGGAGGCCCUAGAGACAAGCCCCUGGGCCCCCCAGUUGUACGAGCUGCGGUCCCAGAUGCAUAUGCACAACGGUGACGAAAUGGCAGCUGUCAGUGAUAUCAGAUCGGCCACAAAGCUACAAAGCGAUAACACCGAAGGUUACUUCAAGUUAUCGCAAUUAUUAUACAAACUGGGGCAUGCUUCCGAGUCCCUUAAAUUCAUAAGGGAAUGUCUCAAACUUGAUCCCGAACACAAAGAUUGCUUCCCAUUUUAUAAAAAAAUCAAAAAAGUUGAGAAAUUCCUAACUGAGGCUGAGGCAGCUCUUGAGAACAAGAAUUAUCAGGAGUGCAUUGAUGCUGCUCUCAAGGCUGAAAAAAACGAAAAGGAGGUUCAGAAUGUUGUGUACAAUGCCAAGCGGUUGUUGUGCGCUUGUUAUUCGAAUGAUGAGCAGUCGGAGGAGGCGGUGACGGCCUGUACUCAAGCGCUUGAAAUAAACGACGACCCAAAUGUUUACUGUGAUAGGGCAGAGGCGUAUUUACAGUCAGAACUGUACGAUGACGCUAUUAGGGACUACAAGGCGGCGUUGGAAAUGAAUUCGCAGUUUGAAAGGGCGAGGGAAGGGCUCAGCAAGGCCGAAAAUCGCCAAAAACAGUCAGAACGUCGCGACUAUUAUAAAAUCCUAGGUGUUAAAAGGACAGCUUCCAAGCGGGAGAUCACGAAAGCGUACCGAAAAAUGGCACAAAAGUGGCACCCCGACAAUUACCAGAACGACGAGAAGAUGAAGAAAAUUGCCGAGAAGAAGUUUAUUGACAUUGCUGCCGCUAAAGAGGUUUUGACGGACGAUGAGAAGCGAAGACAGUUUGAUAACGGGGAAGACCCGCUUGACCCUGAGUCAGGUCGGGGAGGAAUGCCCAACUUCCAUCAGUUCCACACUUUCCACGGAAGUCCGUUCCAGUUCAAAUUUCAUUUCAAUUAAAUAUUUUGUGUUGUGUGGCCAACUCAGGAUAAGUGUGUGAUAAAAAUCCAUCACGGAAUUUGCCAGAACAAGCUUAUCUAGUUAUUUUGUGUAAAAAGGGACUGAUAUCAUGUACAUAAAUUAAAUGAGUAGUUUUUACCAUUUGUCCUUACAUUGUACAUAUUUAUAUGAUAAUAAAAUAUUUAUAUUACGAA